AUGGCAACUGCAACUGCAACAGCAAGUGGCGGCAACUCAAGUUUCUCCAACGCUCCUGUCUUCCAGAACUCUGAUUCUGAUAAGAUCCUUGUCUCUGAGAAAAAGAGCUGGAAAAACUUCUUCUCAUACUUAGGUCCUGGAUUUCUUGUUUCCAUUGCUUACAUUGAUCCUGGCAACUUUGAGACUGAUCUACAGUCAGGAGCUCAAUACAAAUAUGAGUUACUCUGGAUCAUAUUGGUGGCGUCAUGUGCAGCGUUGGUGAUUCAGUCUCUGGCUGCAAAUCUUGGUGUUGUUACAGGGAAGCAUUUAGCAGAGCAUUGUAGAGCUGAAUACUCCAAAGUUCCAAACUUUAUGUUAUGGGUAGUAGCUGAAAUCGCUGUAGUCGCUUGUGACAUUCCAGAAGUAAUUGGAACAGCAUUUGCUUUAAACAUGCUUUUCAAUAUCCCGGUUUGGAUUGGUGUUCUUCUCACAGGAUUUAGUACAUUGAUUCUUCUUGCACUUCAAAAAUAUGGGAUUAGGAAGCUUGAGUUCUUGAUUGCGUUUCUUGUGUUAACUAUUGCUCUAUGCUUCCUUGUUGAGCUUCACUACUCAAAGCCAGACCCAAAAGAAGUUCUCUAUGGUCUCUUUGUUCCUCAGUUAAAGGGAAAUGGUGCAACUGGAUUAGCAAUUUCUCUCCUAGGUGCCAUGGUUAUGCCGCACAACCUCUUUCUCCACUCAGCUUUAGUUCUCUCUAGAAAGAUUCCUCGUUCAGGAACCGGCGUCAAGGAAGCUUGUCGGUAUUACUUGAUAGAAAGCGGAUUAGCACUUACAGUGGCAUUCAUCAUAAACGUCUGUGUGAUAUCAGUGAGUGGUGCUGUUUGUAAUGCCUCAAAUCUGAGUCCAGAAGAUCAAGCUAGCUGCGAAGAUUUGGACUUAAACAAAGCUUCGUUUCUUCUACGGAACGUUGUGGGUAAAUGGAGCUCAAAGGUUUUUGCUAUUGCGUUGCUUGCUUCGGGUCAGAGUUCAACAAUAACUGGAACAUAUGCUGGACAAUACGUAAUGCAAGGGUUUCUUGAUUUAAAAAUAAGGCCAUGGCUCAGAAACUUCUUAACAAGAUGUUUAGCUAUAAUCCCUAGUUUGAUUGUAGCUCUCAUAGGUGGCUCUGCUGGAGCUGGAAAGUUAAUCAUCAUUGCCUCGAUUUCAUCUGUGACGUGGGUCAUUGGUGGACUUAUUAUGGGUAUCAACAUAUAUUAUCUAGUAAGCAGCUUCGUCAAGGUGAUUCUUCAUGGUCACAUGAAGCUUGUAGCCAUCAUCUUCUUAGGAAUUCUUGGAUUCUCAGGCAUUGCCAUUUACUUAGCUGCCAUUGGUUACCUUGUCCUCCGUAAAAACAGAGAGCCCUCCACACUAGCCUCUAGUAACUCUCAGACCGCGGAUACACUUCCAAGAGAAAACAUUGUGAAUGUGCAGUUACCUAAUGGAGUAGCGGUCACAGGCAACUUAGACUCGAGAAUUUAA